AUGAAGUUCUCAUUCGGUGCUAUUCUGGCUCUGGCAGCCACCGCCAUGGCUAGCCCCAUGGACAUUGAAGCUCGUCAGCUCGCAUCAGGAAAUGAGCUGCGUACAGGCAGCUGCAAGCCGAUCACUUUCAUUUUCGCCCGUGCCAGUACCGAGCCUGGUCUUCUUGGUAUCUCUGUGGGUCCCGCCAUCUGUAAUGCUCUAAAGAGAGACCACCCUGGAAAGGUCGCUUGCCAGGGUGUUGGACCCAAGUACACUGCGGAUCUGCCAUCCAACGCACUCCCCGGCAACACUUCCCCCGCUGCCAUUUCGGAGGCCCAGGGUCUGUUCGAGCAGGCUGUUUCCAAGUGCCCUGACACUCAGAUUCUUGCUGGUGGAUACAGUCAGGGUACUGCUGUCAUGGAUGACUCCAUCAAGAAGCUCUCCUCCGACGUCCAGGCCAAGAUCAAGGGUGUUGCGCUCUUCGGUUACACCCGUAAUGCCCAAGAGGGAGGCGGCAUUAAGGGCUUCGACAAGUCCAAGACCAAGGUCUACUGUGCCGUUGGAGACAUGGUCUGCACUGGCACCCUCAUCAUUACCCCUGCCCACUUCACCUACGUUGCGAACGCUGGCGCCGCUACCAAGUGGUUGGAGUCUAAGUUGGAUUAA